CUGUGAGACUGCAGACAUCAGUAUCUGCUCUUCUUUGUUAACUAUCUCUCCCAGCAUGGACAAAAUGGAAAAAGCUGUGAUACUACUUUUAUUGCAGAGUUUCUACAUUGCUCAAACUCAGGGGUUUAAUGUGGGGACAGCAGGUGCUAAAAUCUUCUCAGGUCCUGCGCUCGAAGAAUUCGGUUACACUGUACAGCAAUUAAGCAAUGAUCAAGGAAAAUUGCUGCUGGUGGGUUCUCCCUGGAGCGGAUACCCACAAAAUAGAAAAGGAGACGUGUACAAGUGUGAGAUUGGUGAUUCUAGAUCCAGUUGUGAGAAACUACACCUUGAAAAGUCUGUCAGCAUAGGCGACGUGCAGAGCAUCAACAUCAACAUGAGUCUGGGUCUGACUCUCACUCCAGUAACUAAAAGUAACAGAUUUAUGACAUGUGGUCCUCUGUGGGCUCAGAGCUGUGGCAGUCAGUACUUUUAUCCUGGUGUCUGUGCUGAAGUGACAACACAGUUUUCUCUCAAGUCGGCCUUCUCCCCUGCCCUUCAAACAUGCGGCGGGCCAAUGGAUGUUGCCAUUGUUUUGGAUGGAUCAAACAGUAUAUACCCUUGGCCUGAUGUCAUAAACUUUCUCAUAAAACUUCUGGAGAAUCUUGAUAUUGGACCUGAUCAAACUCGAGUCAGUAUUGUGCAGUAUUCAAAUAAUUGGUCCUUUCAUAACCAUUUUAGUUCUGACCAAAACAAAGAAAAAGUUAUUUCCAUGGCUUCUGCCAUUCCUCAAAAAACUGGAGACGAAACCCACACUUUUGAUGCAAUUGACAAUGUCAGAAAAGUGGCUUUCCUACCAAACAAUGGUGGCCGUCCAGGUGCCACUAAGGUGAUGGUAGUAGUAACUGAUGGAGAGUCUUUUGAUGGGCAUAUAGGUCAAGAGGUCAUUAAGAGGUGUAACGAAGAUGGCAUUAUUCGCUUUGGCAUUGCUAUUCUCAAGGAAAGUGCCAACAUUGAAAAAUUCAUCCAGGAGAUUGAAUUGAUUGCUAGCACUCCGACAGAGAACUACAUGUUCAAUGUGUCGUCAGAGAAAGCUCUAAUUAAUAUUGCGGGAACUCUUGGGGACAGAAUCUUUAACAUUGAAGGCACCAGCCAAGGACAAGAUUUUCAAUUGGAGAUGUCCCAAGUUGGAUUCAGUGCACAUCAAACCAAUAAUGAGGACAUGAUCAUGCUCGGUGCGGUUGGGGCGUAUGGAUGGAGUGGGACCAUCGUCCAUCGAAUUGCUCAGGAAUCCCACAUUUUCCCAAAAAAUGCUUUUGAGAAAAUCCUGGAAGACAGAAACCACAGUUCAUUACUUGGAUACUCUGUCACUACUUUGACUGAUGGAUCAUCUGAGUUUUAUGUGGCUGGUGCUCCUCGUGCCAUUCAUAGAGGACAGGUUAUAGUGUACAUAAUCAACAACCAGAGACAACCCGUCAUUGUAGAUUCACAGCGAGGAGAGCAGAUCGGGUCUUAUUUUGGCAGCGUUCUCUGUCCUGUUGAUGUGGAUUCUGAUGGCAUGACUGAUCUGCUGCUGGUUGGAGCGCCAAUGUUCAUGAGUGAAGAGAAGUUUGAAACUGGGAGAGUCUACCUGUUCUACAUUACCAAGGGCAUCUUAAGCAACCAGGGCAUCUUAGAGGGUUCCUCACCUUUGGAGAACGCUCGGUUUGGAACGGCCAUCACUGCCGUUUCAGAUAUUAAUCUGGACAGCUUCAUUGAUGUGGUGGUUGGAGCUCCAUUGGAAGGCAAUGGCCAAGGUGCCAUUUAUAUCUACUAUGGAGACAGAAAAACCAUCAGAAAGCAGAGCUCACAGAAAAUACUUGGAUCCAAACUGGACCCGGCUCUCAGGUUCUUUGGGCGUUCUUUAGAUAGCAGUGGAGAUAUGAAUGGUGACUCAAUCCCUGAUGUUUCAGUCGGAGGGUUUGGGAAGGUAGUGCAACUCUGGUCAAAGGGAGUUGCAGCUAUCACAACAACGGCCACCUUUAACCCUGAGAAGAUCAGCAUUCUGAGUAAACCCUGUCAGUUUGGUGGAAGGAUGGUGUCCUGUUUCACUGCUAAAGUGUGUUUCAGGUCAACGUUCAGACCCAAAACAUUAUUGGGACCAGUAGAUAUCAAGUACAAUUUGACCCUGGAUGCUGACCUGCAGUCACCUCGAGACAACUCCAGAGCCCAGUUUGAUAACUCAGAGCAUCUUAUCCAGAAAACUAUCAGUGUCUCUAAGAAGGAAAUGUGUAUAGAUCAUAAUGUCUAUGUGCAGGAAACUCCGGAUUUUGUGAGUCCGGUUGCUUUGCAAGUAGACAUCAGUACACAAAAUCUGGAAGCCGGCCUCGCUCUCGAUGUAUUCCAGCCCAAAUCUUGGAAAUUUUUUGUUCAUUUUUUGAAAGACUGUGGCUCUGAUGACAAAUGCACGAGUGACUUGAAGCUGACUGUGAAGGCUAUUGAUGUACCAAGCUCAUCUUCACUGCUAGUCAGCCAGGACAGAAGAAGACUCACUUUCGUUGUGACUGUAAUGAACAAGAAGGAGAAUGCAUAUAAUACAAGAGUGUCUGCUGACUUCUCCAGUAACCUGUUCUACGCUUCUAUUACACCACCUAGAGAUAACACAGAGGUAAAAUGCACUUCAAAGGCAAACUCGCUCAACUGCCAAGUUGGAUAUCCAACCCUGACACCUAGCCAAACGGUAACAUUUGAGAUCAACUUUGACUUCAAUAUGGAACAACUACAGAAAAAUGCUGUGGUAAAUUUUGAAGUUCAAAGUGACAGUGAGGAGGAAGUGACAUCAGAUAACAAGGUCUCUGUCUCCAUCCCAGUCCAGUACGACUCCGAAAUCAUCCUUACCAGAGAGAUGAACUUGGAUUUUACCGUCAUUGGUGCAGAAGACCAAGUUAAAAAUAUUGUCACAGAUUUCGAUGACAUCGGCCCAGAAUUCAACAUGACAUUACGAGUUUCAACUGGAACGUUCACAAUCAAUCAGGCUCAUCUCACUGUUUUACUGCCCACCAGUAGCAAAGCUGGUAAUCCUUUACUAUAUGUGACCUCAGUCAAAACUGCACCUGUUGGAAAAGUGCUCUGUGACACCAGCAGUCUGAUUGAUCCACUGAAGAUCAGUGAGAAAAUCUACACUGCCAGCUUCACUAAAGAGAGCUUCAGAGGAACAAAGGAACUGAAUUGUAAGUCAGCAAAAUGUGAACCCAUGAAUUGUGUUCUCAAAGACCUGGGGAUGAAGACCAGCUACUUUGUUAACAUAACUACCCGGAUCUGGAAUGGCACCUUUGCCUUUGCUGAUUUUCAGACAGUUUUAUUGGCUGGAAGUGCUGAGAUAGAAACACCUCAGCCUGAUCUCAUAGUCAUCUCACACAAACAACAGCAGAUAAAAAUUACAGUAAGUAAAGAAGGGGCCAGUGGGGACAUUCCGAUUGGUAUUAUCAUUGGAAGUGUCAUUGGCGGGCUCCUCCUUUUGGCUCUAGCCACUGUGAUUUUAUGGAAGCUUGGCUUUUUCAAGAGAAAGCAGUUGCCACUGACUGGGAAUGAACAGAACAAAGCAGAGGAAGAGGGUCUGUUUGAGAAUCCAGCAUGAAUGGGACAAACAGACUCAGGUGUCUGGAUACAUGAGAGUGGAAUAAAUCUUUCUCAUUGAAGAACUGUUGGAAGUUGGAAAACUGGCAGAUUUAAGAUUCUUAUUGAAUACUUGCUUAAUGUUAAUUGCACAGAUGUGCUGAUAUGGUAAAUUCUUUGAGGUUGCCUCAAAAUGAACAGUGACAUGACUGAUAUUCAGUCUAGAGCCCUUUGAGGGUGAAAUUCUAAUCCCUACCACUGGUGGAUUUGGUUAAAGCUACAGUACAUUUUUCAUGCACUUUACAAGUUGGAUUUCAGUUGGACUAAAACGAUAAUUAGACUUAAUAAAAUGUCAUGUUAACGCUUUAGUCCGACUGAAAUUGUACAACUUUCUGAUUUUUGAGAAGUUGGACUAACAGACCUGCAUAAUGCCAGUGGCGAAUUCUCAGGGCCAGCAAAGCCUUCUCUGCUGGCCUAACAUGCCAAAUAAAUAAAUAAAUAUUUUUCAUCCUUUCAUUCUCAAUCACCUUUUUGCCUAUGUAUUUUUAAACGCUUUCCAUUCUUAAUUAAUCUACAAACAAAUAGAGAAAAAUCAAAAGUUUAUCCAGUCAAAAUUUAUUCCUUGAUGCUUACAAGCAAAGUGUGACAACUGUUUCACAAAUCGCAUGCCUGAAGCAUUGCGUGAGUUUGAGCUCCACCCCACUAAGCCUUCAGAAUUUCUACAGAAUCCCUCAACACUGCAAAUGAAUGAGCAUUUAAUGUCAGAUUCAUCAGCCAAUCAGAUUGAUUUAUUUGUUCUUGGUGGGUGUGAUCUUUAGGAUAUGUCCCAGUCGAGGCCUUCUAGCUGGCCUUGAGUGACGCAAUCACGCUUUAAGUGAUGUACGUAAUUUGAAAGCGAAGAGUGCGAUAUCUUGCUGACAGUCGGCUGAGAAAGAGAUCCUUAUGGAUUUAAAAACCCGAGAUGUUCUGCACCGUGUGAUUGCUUAAUUUAUUAAACAGGAAAGGAGGGCUGAUUUUCACUUCAAGUAAAUUGGUAAGUGCUUUUUGCGUUGUUAUAGCAACAUCAGGAGUUUUCUAAGUGUAAAUUAGGCUGCUUGAGAAUUCAGUGUCAGAUCAAGUUUUGAAAAGUAGUGCUGCGUUCCAUUCAACUCGGAAAGUCGGAUUUUACAACUUCCUACUAGGAAAAGUGUAAUGGAAUGCAUCUUGAAGUCAGAAUUACAACUUGUUGACUCGUGCAGAAAUUCUCAACUCCGAUUUCGCCGAGAUGCAGGGGCAUGAUGUCACACAAAUAUGUCGACACUCAGGGAGAUAUACAAAGUAAGUGAUAAACAUUCACUUUAUUAAGUAAUAUCGAUAAAUGAAUUCGUUUCCACAUUAUUAAAGCAUGUUUAACAAACGCCUGCAGAAACAGGUGAAUAAAACAUUAUAAUCUCUUUUGAUAAUCGUACACCUGUAGCACAAAUGCUAGCGCUGCAGCAUUGUUUAUCAGUUGGGUUGCUAGGAUACAUCUCUAAUGUGAGUCAAACCCCUGCUAAGCUAACAGGAGCGUUACAGUUUUGUUUCCUUAAACGACAUCUUCCGAAUAUCAGGGAAUGGAAUGCAUUUAUGGUCGGAGAUGUCAAGUAGGAAUAUCCCACAUCCAACUUGAAUGGGACGCAGCAUAACCGUGUACCCUGACGAAAUGAAAUGUAUUGCAAGCAACAUUUAAAUCGCAAAUAUUAUUAGAUAGAUUUGAGGUAGAUUCAUAUGAAAAAUUAUGAUUUUGAAUGUCUGUUCGAGAGAAGUUCAUUUCACAAACAGUCAUGCUGCAGUUAAAAUUGGGCUUGAGCAUUAAGUGUCGUUUCAAGUCCGGCUUUCAUGCGUGGAUGUGUUUUUAAAAUGUCAGUUGGUAUUAUUAGUUAGCUGUGACAUAAAGUAUAAUGCCCAAAGGCAUAGGGUGUCUUAUUCAUUGUGAAACUGUAUUUUCUUAAUAAAUGAAUCACACUGAAGGCCUAGACUUUAAUGCACGGCCCGCAACUUCAUAAUACUAUUAUGAUUCUUAUUGAAUUCUACUGUAUUUGUAUUCGGUUCUUGUUGGAGUCAUGCAAACCAGUGGACGAGGAUCUGCUUUUAUCUGUGGAAGGAUAUGAGGAACUCAGAGCUUAUCAGCUCAUUAUGUGUAUAUGUGUGUUACAUUUCUGAACACCAACAGAGCAUAUCUAAUAAAAAACCUACUUUCACCACUUGUUUUUCUGAAUAAUAACAUGUGAAAUGAUAAAAAUGUGAAAGACUUUAUGCAGACUCAGAAUUUAUAUAUGUGCUUUACCCUCAUGCCGUCAGUACUUGUUUCUAUUUAAGAUGCGGGUGAGUGCAAAUAUUUAUGCUGUUAUUUUAAAAUCUUUUUUGUUUUCCAUUUUUAUUGAUGCAUAUUGUUCAUUUCAUUCCCCCACAACCAAAAAGAAAAACAUAGUUUUUUGAAGUUACCUUAUUUUGAAACUAUUCUUG